CCUAUAACUACUUCCUACAAAGCCUAUGGGUCUGCAGGCUUUUGUGGCUUGGGACUAUUCUCAUGCAGCAGCCAUUUCCCGUCAACUUGCAUACUGAGGGCUUGCUGGAAAUGCGAGAGCCAUGGUCUCGGCACAGCCUGUAAUGCCUGGGGCCUGGUCCCUGCCUCACGACGAGCUUUUGGCGACUCAGUCCCAAUCGGAGCAUCAGACCGAGUCCACGAAACAGGCCGAUCAGCAGUCCGACUACGAAGACUCAUCGGACGUAGGGAAGUCAGCGGAAAGGAGCGUCUUAGAAUCUGAGUCUCAAGCCGGAUUCUCACAACUCGAUGGCGAUGUCAAAGGCCAAGGCUACAAUGAGACACUUGUCGACAUCGUUGCAAUUCCGUGCAUUGGAGCUUCACCAGUUGAUACCUGGAGUCGAGAACCUUUUGAUGCGACGUACUUCGAUUCGGCACCUCCGAAUGUUGUAGAGAGCCAAUCGCAGGAUGUCCAACACCGCCUUCCGGACGGCGUGGUCGCCCCUGACUCUAGGAGACCACCAACAAAGACCUCGCCCUCUUGGAUACGACAGGGCAUAAGGCAGGAGAUCAACACGGCAAGAAUAAUGCUCUACCGUCAUCGCACAGUACACGCCGGGUUCACACUGGACGACGCCGCCGACGACCUUUUGCAGCACCUCGUCAGGAUCAGGGCCGGAUUGAAUCAAUCUCGCCCAUUCUUUUUCAUUUGUCAUAGCAUCGGUGGCCUCGUGGCUAAGCUCGCGUUGGUCAAGGCCAGCCAAAUCGAGGACUUAAGGCCACUGAUGUAUGCCUGCCACGGAAUCACCUUCUUUGCAACUCCGCACCGUGGAUCCAGCUAUCUGUCUAUGCCAAAACUCCGGGAGAGCAUCCAACACCUCUUGUUCUUGCAGGUCCCGCUCCCGCCAUCUAUAACCGGUGAUCUCAGACUUGGAUAUAAGCCCCUGAUCCGCAUCCACGACCGGUUCACUGAUAUUGCAAGCGAGAUGCGUGUCUGGACGUUCUGCGAGACUGUCGACUCGCAGCUCUCCGGCCUUGGUACUUCUGACCACGAUGAAGUACAUUUCAGCGCCCCAAUCGCAUCAAUUAAAAGCAGCCUUUCCGAGACUCGCGGCGAAAAAGUAUUCUCACUUGAGAGCGACCACGCUCACUGCGCAUCAUUCGGACCAGGGAAUGUCCGCAUCAUGCACAGUUACCUACAGGACCUCGGUGCUGCUGUCCGCAAGGCUCAGAAGCUGAGCGCAAGCUUUGAUCACACACCACUCAAGCUGAAUGACAAGGUCAAGGUCGAGCUGAUCGGCUUUUACGAGGAUCCGGACGAUACUAAGGACCAAGACAUCCGCCUAUACAUUGCGAAACACAAUCUUGCCCAUUUCCUCGAGAUGGGCCCGGAGCGUUGUCUUAAAGAGCGACUUGAGACAGUCGCAGCCAGACCGCAGCGCAUGUCGGCUGCCAAGCAGGGAUACUCGUCCUUGAGGCAAGGAAACAGCUUUGGAGCCUCGAGUGCGCUUCAGGUCUUUAGUGGUGUGCAAAAAUUUGGGCAGAAGGUUUUCGGUGUGUCCAGAGGGGCUUCCGACGCGAGCAUCGUUCCACCUGAUGCAGACUCACCCGCAACCAAGGCUAUAAACGAUGCGGAAGGAGUACCAAUACCGGAGAUAGUGUUGGAGCCUCUCCCGCCGGCCAUUGAUUACACGAUCACGAGGAGCCAGAGCAGUCGACCAGCCUCAGCGCCAGUUCCUUCUGAAGGAUUGAGGCAAGACGUAAAGCUUCAGCAAGGAAGUGACUCCGAGGGAGAUCUAGCAGCUGGUACCUCUCGAGAUUUCAUGAAGGGCAUGCCCGCUCUCGUACCCACUGACACAGCGUCGCCGAGUCAGGCCCGCACGACGUCCUCUGCGUCGUCAUACUCGAGUCGCAAUGCAAGUCGCACUGCCGAUGCCCAGGAGAUGACUGCGGGUUUCUCAAGACCAGAUCCCAACAAGCGAAAGAUCAUGUGGAUCCAUCUGCCCUUCAACAACCCGCAUUGGGUCAAGUUGGUCUUUGACAAGCUAGCCGAGACUCACGACAGAAGCUACUCCUGGUUGCUAAACAACGAGCACUGGGCGAAGAGGCAUGUUAAAGACCGCCAUGCAAAUCAACAUGCGAGCUAUGUCCGAUCAGGAUGCGCAUUCGCGCCAUCACAGAGCCAUACUCCAGCUUUGCAUCCAGUGGCUGGCGGAAUCAUUGACCCCAGGCGCUUGUCGGACAGCUUGGAGAAGGACGCUCCCAGUCAUCUAUACGUCUUCUUGCCAUAUCUCAAUUUUGACACCUACCUCAACGUUAUCAGGCGCCGCAACAUUGUGAGAAGGCGAAUGGCACAGGGCAGAGCUAGACCCGUCCCACCAGACAUAGCUCAGCUUGACUCGCUCGAAGCACGGGUCAUCUGGGACUACAUUGGUUACGACCCACCGCUUAAUACUCGUCGGACACUGGAUCAGUACGGCUAUCCAGAACUGCAGGAUACUUAUGCCCGGGACGACGACCAAAUGCUGUACAAACUGACUAAAGAACGCUUCAGCCUGCCUUUCAAGAAGAAGGACAUGUACAAUACGGGAGCGGAGAAGCAGAUUCUGGCGUCACUCAAGACACCACUCGAUAGCAAUCCCGACCUGCCCGCACAUUUCCUUCGUGAUUCUGCGCGUACAGGGAGCAUUGCCGCCAUGUCUCCCACAAGCGGCGAAAGUGAAGACACAGCGGUGGCCGAUUCGGAAGUCGAGGAGGAUAUUCUAGAUGGCAAUGUAUUGAUAGUCGACCAGUUGUGGAUGUGGGCCAUCAACACGUCGACUGUUGCCACGUUCUUCCCCAAACGAGAAUCUCAUCCCAGCGAAGGGCAGAUGUUCCAGCAGGCCGACCUGCGGAACAGUAUCUACAAUGAACUGAAUGGCGAUCUGACAGGACGGUGUGACAAUGCGCUCGAGCUCGCUGCGUUCAUCGUACUGCAUGCUGUCACCGUGCUUAUCGACCGCACUUCACACCCAGACUUGGAAGUUUUCAGGAUAUUCGAGGAAGCAUUAGGCAUAUUGAAUGAGCGCAUGACAUCUUCUCUGAAGCGCUUCCGCAUGGCAACAUUCAAAGGACGAAUAGGGGAAGACCCGACGAGCUCGGAAUCCGAGAGCGACGGAUACGAUGACCGCCCGGAGUCGAUCAAGAAGCGCCAUCAGCGGGAGAUGGCGCAGGCCGAACGCGAGAACCGCGAAAACACUUCCGCGCUGCUCGAGCUCCGAGACAUGGACGAUGAGCUCCUGACCCUGAAGAACUUGUUCGACGAGCAGGCGAAAGUGGUUGAGACCAUGAGCGGCAACUAUGAGCGGCCCGAGCUGCUAGAUCUGACGGGCAACGGCCGCCGAUAUCUCGAGGAAGCCAAGGAGAGGCUGGAUGACUACAGGCGGAUUACUAAGGACCUGCUAUUCAGGAUCGAGGCUACCAGGAACGACUACGACAAGUUCCAAGAAAUGGUGCAGCGCAAAGCUCAGCUGGAUGAGGUCCGCUGGUCAAGACUUCAGACCGAACUGGCAAGUUCGCAGAACCUGUCUGUCAUGAUCUUUACGACUUUUACGGUGAUCUUCCUGCCGCUGAGCUUCUUCACGAGUCUCUUUGGGAUGAACACUGCUGAAUGGGCACCCGACGAGGACUACAUCAGCCUGACGACGAUUGGAGCCAUAUCUCUCCCCUCGUCUGUCCUCCUCAUCCUCCUUUCCCUGAUUCUAGCCUUCAGUACCCGUGUCCAGGGCUGGUUCCGGUCCAUGUUCCACCUCGUCACCUCGACAAUCAAGCUCGCCAUCUCGGUCUUUGCCCGAGUGGAGCCGAAGCAGCGCAGGCGGGCGAGGCAGGAAGUCAAGAAGGAGGCUGUCCGGAUGCGCAGGGAGCAGAGAAGACAGCGCAAGCGCGAGAGGGGCUACGACUUCUGGGAGACGGUCUGGGAGAACCGCCGGAGCCGGUACGACAUCCCGGACUCGAACCUGCGGAAUGCGACCGAGAGGAGGUUGCAGGGGAGAGGGGAUACGUGGAAUACCCUUGCGAGCUGAUGGAAUGGCUGAUGCAUAGUGAGGUUGUGUAUAAGACUUUAUCUGUGUGCUGUCGUUCCUCAACACUUAUAGAAGUAAUGAUAGACGCAUUUGGCUGGAUUCACAGAAGAACUUCCACACGAAAGAAAAUUCCCAAACGACUUAACGC